GGCGCUGUAGACCGUCGGCGGCUUUGCAUUUGCAGGAUCGGGGUGCCCCGCGGUUCGCGUUUCUCCUGAACUGCUGGUUUGCGUUGAAUGUGUCGGAAUAUGCUCAUGAAGGAGUAUCGGAUCUGUAUGCCUUUGACAGUUGAGGAGUACAGAAUUGGACAGCUGUACAUGAUCAGUAAACAUAGCCACGAGCAGAGUGAUCGUGGAGAAGGUGUGGAAGUGGUACAGAAUGAGCCCUAUGAAGAUCCAAACUACGGGAAUGGUCAGCUGACAGAAAAACGGGUCUAUCUGAAUAGCAAACUUCCAAGCUGGGCAAGAGCUGUUGUCCCCAAAAUAUUUUAUGUCACAGAGAAGGCAUGGAAUUACUACCCAUAUACAAUUACAGAAUACACGUGCUCAUUUUUGCCCAAGUUCUCCAUUCACAUAGAGACCAAAUAUGAGGACAACAAAGGAAGCAAUGAUAAUAUAUUUGAUAACGAAGCCAAAGAUCUGGACCGAGAAGUCUGCUUCAUUGAUAUUGCCUGUGAUGAAAUUCCUGAGCGCUAUUACAAAGAAUCAGAAGAUCCUAAAUGCUUCAAAUCAGAGAAGACUGGGAGAGGCCUAUUAAAAGAAGGUUGGAGAGAAACUCAAGACCCCAUUAUGUGCUCCUACAAACUUGUAUCUGUGAAAUUUGAAGUGUGGGGACUUCAAACUCGAGUUGAGCAGUUUGUCCAUAAGGUGGUCAAAGACAUAUUGCUAAUUGGUCACCGACAAGCAUUUGCGUGGGUGGAUGAGUGGUAUGACAUGACUAUGGAUGAAGUCCGAGAAUUUGAAAGAGCAACUCAGGAAGCCACCAACAAGAAAAUUGGAAUCUUCCCUCCUGCGAUAUCCAUCUCGAAUAUCUCCCUUCCCUCUUCGAUCCGCAGUACUCCUUCUAGUGCUCCGUCUACGCCUCUGUCCACAGACGCACCGGAAUUCCUAGCGGUUCCCAAAGACCGUCCGCGGAAAAAGUCUGCCCCAGAAACUCUCACGCUGCCAGAUCCAGAUAAAAACACUCUCUAAACCCAGCAUGGUU